CGGCCAUCUUGACGAAGCUAGUCGGAAACCAGCUGCCGAGCAGUGAGGGAAGGUGAACGAGAGAAGAUCCGAUGUGCUAGCCGAAGGAAUUUUUGCGCUUCCGAGCCAAAUUGCCGCUAAGUGCGAGAGGCUGAGUGAUAGCGACAACGAAUACCACAGGGUUUCGAUAUUCAAACCGAAAGCCUAUAACUUUUCGGAGGAAGAAGAAGGAAGGAGGAAAAAUUUAAAGAAGCUGGUUACAGACAACCCCCAGCUCUUUUUUUUUCUUUUCGUCGGACAGUUUGUUGGAGCAGAUCGUGAGCGAGGAGAUAAAAAGGAAGGAGAAUCGGACGAAACUGAGAUUCGCCACCGCUGAGGAUAGGAAAUAUAUUCUGUAGAGCUGAGAGCUUCAGAUUCAGCGAGAGAUUUCAAUAAAACCAAUUACGAGAGGUGGAGAAAGAGAGAGAUAGAAAGUGGUUUGGACGCCACCGAAAUCUGAUUUAUAAAAAUACGUUCGUGGGAGAUAGAGAAAGAGAGAGAGAGAGAGUAGAAAAGAGGAAGUGCAGUGCCAAGUCUGUGAUAGUAUUUAUUCAAAAGAUUUAAAUAACUAAAAAAAAUAUAUAGUCGAAGAAGUAGAAGCGGAGAAUAAUUAAAUAAAAAAAAAAAUAAAAAAAAUCACGCGAAGAUUAGAUAGGCUUUAUAUUUAUUUAUAUCUGUGAUACCAUACUGAUAUAUUAUAAAAAAAAAAGAACUAAUUUGUUAAAAAGGCAGUAUAUACAUAUAUAUACAUACCUCUCUCCACGCAAUACACCAAAAUCAUUUGCGUACAAAGAAACUUUGGACAUCACUUGCUGUUUGUGACCACUCAAAAAUUGGAGAAACUUAAACAAACUACAUAAAAAUCUAUAUAUCAGUAUCUAGUGGAUAGGCGUUUUUUUGUAAAUACGACUGACUCUUUUUUAUAAUAAUUGAUACCGGUGCGAGAACAUUGAAAAAAGACUAUAGACAAGAGGCACUUUCGUUAGUUAAGACCUUCGUCGAAAACGUUUGAGGGGGUAAAAGAAGAUCGUCAAAACCGAUUGGAGAAAAUCAAAUUGUACGAGUAAACCAUCUCGCCAAAAAUCAAAUCGCAGCUGCUGAAGAUGGUCGAGAAAAUAUUGGAAGAACGAGAGGACGAGCGGCAGGAGUCCGUCAGAGGCGAUGGCGGAUGCAGGGAAAUAGCAUCAACUGGGGAAUCAUUGAGCGCUGUUCAAGCGCGCCAAGAAGAAGCUAGGCGAAAGAGACGCAGGAAGAAACGUUCCGGCUCAUCUCUUGUAUCAUCUUGUUUCCAAGAACUGUACAAGCUCACCGGUGAAGUUCUUGGCGAAGGAGCAUAUGCUUCUGUACAAACGUGCGCUUCCCUGUAUACCGAUUUGGAAUACGCAGUCAAAAUCAUUGAUAAGAUUCCAGGACAUGCACGUGCCAGAGUAUUCAAAGAAGUUGAAACCUUCCAUCAUUGUCAGGGACACGCUAAUAUCAUUCAGCUGAUCGAAUUCUUUGAAGAUGACGAGAGGUUCUAUCUAGUAUUUGAGAAAGUCAAUGGAGGGCAGUUAUUGAAUAGAAUUCAAGAGAGAAUUCAUUUCACGGAACGUGAGGCCAGUCAGAUUGUCAAGGAAAUUGCAAGCGCUUUGAAUUUCCUUCACAAGAAAGGAAUCGCUCACAGGGAUCUAAAACCUGAAAACAUCUUGUGCGUGUAUCCUGACAAGCUGACGCCCAUAAAAGUUUGUGAUUUUGAUUUGGGCUCGGGAAUCAAGUUCAACAAUUCGCUUUCAAGCCCAAUUGCUACUCCGCAAUUAUUGACACCAGUAGGCAGCGCAGAAUUUAUGGCCCCUGAAGUUGUUGAAGCAUUCAUUGGCGAAGUAAACUCUUAUGAUAAACGCUGCGACUUAUGGAGUCUCGGAGUUAUCAUGUACAUCUUACUGUGCGGCUACCCUCCAUUCUAUGGAAAUUGUGGCACGGAUUGCGGCUGGGAAAAGGGAGAAAAUUGCCAAUCCUGUCAGGAACUACUUUUCACCAGCAUCCAAGAAGGGAGAUACGAAUUUCCUGACCGCGAUUGGAAAUGCAUUUCGGAGGAUGCAAAGGACUUGAUUAGAGGGCUGCUGGUUAAAGAGGCUCACCAAAGACUUAGCGCCGAAAGCGUCCUUAAACAUCAAUGGAUAAAUCCAGGACCGAUCGGAGAGGAAGGGGGAGACAGGUCACUCACUACUCCACAAAUUAUUAGACGGAAUAAUUCAGCUCGUGAAUUAUCAGCAUUUGCAGAAUCCGCUAUGGCAGUGAACAGAGUUGUGCUUCAGCACUUUUCCGUAAAUUUGGAAGAACUUGCAGAAAACAGGGAGCCCAGAUUGUCAACAUCCUCGACCGACGAGGACAAUCAUCCCUACGGACACAUGUCGGAUUCUAGCAGCGAACUUUCUGAGCCUGGAAAAAAUUGCGUCACCCAUUCCUCGAGUGAAUUUGAUACACCCCGAGCUAAGUCUUGUUCCGUUCACUCAAGCAUUGACUUAAGCGACUUGAAGAUUGUCGGCAGAAAUCGGCUCAUCGGUAAGGAGUCUUUAAAUCUCUUCGGACUAUCACCCCCGAGCGAGAGUAGACUUAUGCAAAGAAGACUCAAAGCACGUUCUAGUCUACUCGAACGUCGCACCGAUGCAAUCGUCGCAUCUCCAAGUGGCUGAGAGGUGAACAUAUUACUAAUAAUAAUAAUGAUAAUAUCAAAGAUUAUUAUUGCAAUUGAAAUAUCUUUAUGCAUCAACUUAACAAAGAUCUUUCUCUGAAAGCUAUAAAUUGUUAAUGAAACGGUUAUAACAAAAUUUUGUUGUUUGAGGUUGACUUUGUGGCUAUGAUAUUGUAAGCGACUCCCCCCGAAGCAGCGUUACAUUUUUCUGCAAUUUGCUUUCAAUGUUGAUCCAUUAUUUUCAAACACACCUUAACAGUACAAGUUUGUCUUUAGACCGGAGACAAUAGAAAAUCAAAAAAGCAAUGAGGCAAUUAAAUCAUGUGAAUACUUUGACGGAAAAGACACACUGACAUUCAUAAUUUGACAGUUCCGAGUACGUACAACAUAUUCAGACUUAGAUUACAUUAUAGAUCUGUGAAAAUAUUUCUUCGAAUCCUCACUCGAAUUUUGCGUUCAAUUAAAAACUUGUUAUUUAACCAUUAACUGACUCAGAAAAUUGAGUGCUCCAGGUCUGGGUGCAUAUAGUUUGCUCACUAGAGAGGUAAGAGGGUAGAAUGUAAGAUAUAACGAGGGCGGAGUCGCGGUGGACGGCCAUCUUUUAGGUGUCUAAGAAUAAUAAGAUUGUAAGGUGAUAAGGAUACAUAAUUGAGAAGGAAAAAAAUUGAAAUUUGUACCUGUAUCGUAAGCAGAUAAUUGAAGCAAAAAAAAAAAAUAAUAAUAAAAAAAAUAUAAAUAAAUGAAUAACAAAAACGCAACGUAGUCGAGAAAAAAAAACCUUUUGCGGCGUUCGAAUCUGUUGAUGAUAAAAUUAUAGAUUUAAUCUAUUAAUUAUUAUGUAAUUGUAGAAUUUUAACGGUCGAACAUCUUUCCAAUGGGUUUAUAACGCCACUCGUUUACACAUAAAUAAUAAACGGGCGUUGUUCUGGGGGAUCAUAAAGGAAUAUGGAUAAUCGUACAAUUCCCAUGGAACGGCAACGCAGUCGUAAAAUUGCUUGGUGCAUUGUUCCACUACAUUUUUUUUUAUGUCGAAUGUAACAGUAUUGUAGUUUUGCAAUCGUUGCAAUUUUACUUUCUCAAUUAGUUUUCUCUUCUAGUUUUUCCCACGCUAGAAUUUUUCUACUUCCGAAAUAUGCGUUGGCCGUUUUUCAAUCCUUGGGAUCGUUGCGCCAGUAACAUAUUCCAAUUUCUGGUUGGGCCUGAUUUUCCGAGAGAUAAUUGUCUUCAAAAUAUAAAACAAAUACGAAAAAAGAACUCACGUGUAAUAUUUCUGAUUGAAUUCUAUUAAUUUCUCGAAAAAAUUCGCUCAAAAAUUUUGUACCAUUGAGAGGGUGGGAAGAAGGAGGUAACUCAGGGCAGCCACAGGCUGCACAAAUCCUUGUACUGCACUUUCCAAGAAUAACAAAAAGAAAAGAAAAAAAAAAAAAAAAUAUAUAAUAUACAUAUAUUAAAUACCUUAAUGAUAACUACACUUUCAUACUAGCACGAAUAAUCUGUACAAAUAUUUUCACGUCUCAUGCUACACCGUAUGAACUAUUAAUAGUUUCUCGGUUGGUUUGGUCAUGGCAAAUUUGCACAGUUAUUUAAACAGAGAAGAUAAAGGGAAACACGUGACACGAGUUGACGAAUGCUGAAAAAUUUCUAAGCCACAUUGUCGAAUUGGUUCCAACUGACUAUCUUUUGUGUAUACUUUGCUGUAUGUGUUUUGGAAAAAGACGCGUGUUACAAUCUGGCUCGGUUUUUAAAUUGAUCAUCUUGAGUUCGGCUUGGAAAUUAUUCGACGAAAAAUUUCAAGAAAGAGAAAGAAAAGAAAAUAAUACACAAAAAAACCAAAAAAAAAGUUGAUAAAAUAAUAAAUACAUAUUAAUUAAGGUACAGAAAAGCUACGAAAGUUUGCGGGGAUGUGAGAAGCAAUAUUUGAUUUGCCCUAAUUGCGAAUGAUUUGUCUUUGAAAUCAUAUUUCUUUACAAAACCAAAAAAAAAAAAAUUUAACCAUUUUAAAACUUCUAAUUGGCACAGUGUCUAUUUAAAUUUCAGCUUUAGUAGUACAAUUGUACUAUUGUAAAUACUGAUUGUAUUGUACCAUUUUAUUGAUUUGCUUCUGUAUAAUUAAUUGAUCAUGAAGAAAAAACAACAAAAAUAACGAAGAAGGAACAAUUUCCGUCGCAAAUUUCCUGCGAUCGAUAUCGUUUUUACUUCUCAUUCGUUUACUCGCAAAAGGCUUUGAUUCGUAUUGUAAACGGGAAGCUUUUUUUCUUCGGAAUAGGUAGAUCUAUAACAAACUCGCUAAUAUUAAAAGCGACGUAAUCAAUAAUGGCCAUAAUACCGAUGUAACGUUAUGAAUAACGAUUUUUGCGAGCGGUGAACCGGAGUGAGUGAUGUCCAAUAAGAAAUAAAAAAUAAGGAACAGGGAAACCAACAGAGAAAUGAAAAGAAAUUAAAAAAAAAAAAAAAUUUACUACUAGUUUAAGGAUCUUUCUUGUAUAGUGUUAUUAAGAUAUUUUAUAAUGAUAAGCGCCCGCUAUAAUGUUUUUUCUGUGCUAUGACGAAAUGAUUCAUAAUUCAUGUUAUUAUACAUACAUACAUUUGUUCUUCGUAGCCACAUAUUUAUUUACAUCGUUUGGAAUUCAACUAGGCGCUAGUGAAUAUAACACUAGAUCGAAUAUAUACGUCACGUUAAAGCUUAUACAUCAUUAUAUUAUUAUGUAUAAGUUAUUGUAAUUCGUGAAACAAAAGUCAUCAUAUCAAAUAUGUCAUUUCUCGCAUUUUCAACAUAAAAAUUAUUUCAUCGUAAUGAUAGAUGUUUCGGCAUUGCACAGCAGACAACGCUCAACCGGUGUAUUACUCUGUCGUUUUAUCAGACAUUUGUGUAACUGAUUGGAAAAAAAAAACUAAAAAACAAAAAAAAAAGGAGAGAGGUAGCGAAGAAGGGCAAGAAGAUGUUGAUAACAGUUCUUGCGUUGGAUAGUUGGUUAUCGACAUAAUCAAGGUGUGAAAUUUGACUAACAAAAACUAUCGGAGUAAUACACAGUUUUGACAAUGGAAAAACAAUGGAGAGAACGUUUGAAAGGUAAAUAAUA